AUGUAAUAAAAACUUUCUAGAGCAUAGCUUGUUGCUCAUUAUCGAUAAAAGCCUUUUGAAUAAAUGCCUGAAACCUUUAAAACAUUAUGUUAAUAAUACCCAUAAGCUUUUAAAGCUUUAAGUCAAAAUCCAUAUUAAGCUCGUCCUAUACGUGGUUUUAAUCAAGGUUUACUUAAUUAUUCAAUUUAGAAAUUCUUGUUUAUUCAAGUAAUUGUGCUACUCCUCUCAAAACAGCUGGUGUAUAUUAAAGUGGUGGAGGUGAUUUAUUUAGAUUUGAUGAAUAAUAAAUUCUUACUCCUUAACCAAAAUAAUCUAAUACUUUUGAUUGGAGCUAACAAUAAUUAUAAAGCAUUAAAAAAGAAACUAUUUUUAGUAAAAGUACUCCUGGAUAGGCUAAUCAUUUACUUUCAAAAAUAUGGUAUUAUGUAGAUGAUUACUUAAAAGUUUAGGGUAUUAUUUUUUAUUUUUUUAUUUUAGGACCAUUUAGUUCUAUUUAAAUGGAUAAUUGGUAUCUCAAAGGAUAUUUUGAUGAUAUUUUAAGAAUUGGAUUUAAGCCUGAAAAUUCAGAAUGUUUUAUUAGAAUUCAUUAAUUGAAGACUUUAAAAUAAUCUAAAAAAGUUUUUAAACUCUUAAGAAGACUAUCUUGUCCUCCUACUUUAACUAUUUCAUAAGAGACUAAUUUCUAAUUAAAAUAAACAGUCUAAUAAUAAUAAUUAAUAUAAAAAUAAGAUUAAUAAUAACAAAUUGAAAUUCAAAAUUAAGAUAAUGCACCUACUUUAAGAGUACCUACUUUGAGAAAAAAAAAAUGA